AUGUCUCGACGUUCGUCGCCGGCUAUGGAAAAGCCUGUUGUGGUUUCCCACACAGCUCGUAAUCGGUCACCGAUUCGCUCUCCGGCACCCUUCCAACGUUCAUCCAAAUCCUCAGGGCGAUCACCCUACAGGGAUCAGAUCUACGAUACGGGGCCCUCUCACCAACAGCAACGGCCGGAUCGUGAGGAUCGGGUAUCGGUUGGUAAUCAUUCGCCUUUUUCGAUUUCAGAAAAUGCAACUGUGGAAUCUCACACAAGCGGGACCAGGGUUGGUGGCAACAUCCCAACUCAACCCAAAAACCACGGUGCCAGCCUAGUUCCGCUACCACCGUCAGGGCCUUAUCAAGGACCGAGACCGCCAUCUAAUCAGCAUCGGGGUCCUCCGCAUGUCUCUUUACUGUCAGCGCCAACUCGUCCUCGCCGCGGACCUGGCCCACGUGAAACUUGGACGGGGUCUCCACCUGUACGCCGCGGACCUGCUACACCUUCGCAAGCCCCACCAGCAGGUCCUCGUGCAUCUUUUUCAUCACCCGUACCAGGUGGCAGUUACCGACUUCCGACUUCCCGGCAACCCAGCACUCCAUCUGUAACUCAACCAUUGGCUCAGAGGGGUAUAAACCAUCUUGCGGGGCUAUGUACUAUUAUACCGGAAGGUCGGAGUCUUCCGUCGCUUCUGGAUCCUGCCGUGGAGAAGCGACUGGCUCAGCUCGAUAUUGACAAGGAAAAACUCCUUGAGCAGAUCGCAGAGACCCAGAGGUCUAAACGAGCGGAACUUCGAGACUGGGAUCGACUCGAUCGCGAAAGCUCAAUCUGCGCUCUUAAGAGCGAGCUAGCUGAAGGCCAUCUCCAGCGAAUGGCCGAUGAGAGCAUUGGAGGCGGAAAUCUGUUCUAG